UCGGUCGUCGACCACUAACGUGAGUGGAUGUGUUUAAUAAAAUGUUUUGUGUCGCAAUCACGUGAUUCUCAUCGCGAGUGCUUACACAAAUUGCAUAUUAUUACUAACUAUGCAUUGUACGUGGAAUAAAAUGUGAAUGCCGGCGUCGACAUUGAACAUGGUGCUACGUAUUGUGAUGCUCAUCCUUUCGGCGGCGUCGGUCCGAGGAUGGGGCAUCAACCACGCACAUCCUGGGACCGGUGCCAAGUGUGAGCGACUGAACGUAUCUUUCUGCAGAGGAUUGCGUUACAAUCUGACGGCGAUGCCAAAUUUCAUGGGUCACGAGGAUCAGCGGCAAGCAGAGCGAGGGUUGGCUGCCUUCAUGCCACUGGUCCACUACAACUGUUCGAAACACCUCAGGCUCUUCUUAUGCGCCGUCUUCGCCCCGGUCUGCUCGGAACAUGUGGCCAUACCAGCCUGCAAAUCUCUCUGCCUUUCCGUAAGAAGAGACUGCGAGCCGGCCUUAACUAGCCUUACGCUGCCGUGGCCACACAUGCUGGAUUGUGAUCGCUUUCUCGAGCGCGGGUACACAUUAUGCGUGCAGCCGCCGGAUGAAACGUUGGAUGACACUAGUUCACCGAUACUGCCAACUGUUCAGCAGCAGUGGCCGGUGAUACACGAACGAUCACCUCAAAUCUCCACCCGAAUACAAAAGCAGCAGCAGCAACAACAGCAGCAUCACCAAUGUCCACCUCAUUUUGUGCAGAUACCCAAUAUGGAAACGAUUUUUUGUGCACCACGUUGUGGUAUAGACGCAUAUUAUCGUGCGGAAGACAAAAAAUUCGCCGAGCGUUGGAUGACUGGAUGGGCAUGGCUAUGUUUCUUAUCGACACUCUUCACCCUGCUAACAUUCUGGGUCGAGCCGUCUAGAUUUCGGUAUCCCGAGAGACCGAUAGUUUUCCUCGCGUUUUGCUACAAUCUUCUCUCUGUAGCUUAUAUCAUCCGCGGUGCAGUUGGUGCUGAAAAUCUCAGCUGCAUCAGUCAGAUUGAUGGGCCAAGUUAUGUUCCAGUCCACGAUGCUUUGAAGAAUGUUCCCUGUACAAUUUGGUGGUUAGUCAGAUACUACCUGGGACUAGCCAGCAAUACAUGGUGGGCAGUGCUAUGCGGUUGCUGGCUGCUCAGCGCCAGGAAUGAAUGGAGCAGCGAAGCCCUUCACAACAUCGCACCCUAUCUUCAUGCAGCUGCGUGGAUUCUCCCAAUAUUUUUCACAGGAGGAAGUCUGCUUUCGCACAACGUGGUGGCAGACGAGUUGACCGGAUUGUGCCAAAUUUCCGACGAGUCGGCAUUGUGGCUAGAAGUGCUACCACAUACCAUGCUGCUGUUGCUGGGCUGCGUGUUUGGCAGCGUCGCUGGAAGUGCACUGGUUCGCGUGCGAAGGGCUGUACGUUGCGCCGGGCGUAGUGCAACAAAACUCGAGCGCUUGAUGACACGGCUAGGUAUCUUCGCUCUAUUGUACGCACUACCGGCGUUGAGCGGCCUUGUCUGUGUGUUGCACGAGGCUUCGGUAAGGCCGCGAUGGCGAAAACUGGCAUUAUUGGCCGCGCUGGACUGCCGUGCGGCACAGAAUUGCGUCCCGGGCCCGGUGUACCGAGCCGCCGGCCUCGAAAUUGCUCUUCUCAGGCUCUUUUUGUCCCUCGUGGUCGGUGUCACUUCUGGCAUGUGGGUAUGGUCCGGCAAGACCUGCCGUGCCUGGAGCAGAUUGCUCGCCGCACCCAGCAAACCCGUCAGGAUACAAAGCCCUUUCCAGGAGUUCAAGCAGAACGAUAACAUCGCUUGACGAUCUCAGAUUUAUUCUAUUCAAGCGAUAAAUGAAAUCUAAAAGGACGUUGAUGUUUAACCCUUACCCAAAAAAGCAUUAAGAUCUUUUCGAAAUCAUUCGCAUAUCAAAUUUAGCUACAAAUUUUUAAAAAUAAUGAAAAAUGCGUUUUUAGGAUGUUUUACCUCUAAAACAUGACGUGAUAUUACAUCUUCAUUUAAGAUUCAGCGCAUCAAAAACUAUGGAAAACUAUUUUUCUUUUCCAAAUAGCAGAAAAAACAUAAAAUUUUGCAAAUCUACGUAUAAAAUAAUUUAAAUGCAAUAUAAGAAGGUCAGAUUUACAACGAGCUCCAUGAAAUGUGAAUUCAUUAAUAGAGGAGAGAAGGGGGUUAUAAACCACCACUUUGUUUUAUUUAAAUAACUCAGUAAAUAUUUAUGUGAC